GCGGAUAUUGUUGGUAUUAUCGAGUGAUUACGAGUGUUUGGGGCUGGACACCAAGUGACACUGCUUGAUAAGCUCAAAUUACAUUUGGGGGGCGUUUGAAAAAGAUGCGUCAAUGUUCUCCAUGACGGCAGCCAGUCGGCUAUUUGCUACGCGAAUCGAAUCAUGUGUAAGGGAGUGAUAUUUAUCAUCACGAUCAUCAGCCUGUGGGCAAGUUGCUCUGGUGAUUUCACCUGCAAGGAAAUCGAGUCGGUAUCACCAGCUCUGAAACUCAAGAGGCAUCUAUUCUGUGAUUAUGAUAAGGAUAUCAUCCCGACCAAGAAUAAGGAUCAACAGGUUUUCAUCGAGGUCUCGCUGCUCCCCGUGUCUGUGGAAAUGAACGAAUAUACUGGGACACUGGAUUUCCACACGUGGAUGAUCAUGAACUGGCAGGACAUUCAUCUCACGUGGACGCCAUCCGAUUUCAAUGGUGUUAAUUCGACUUACGUGAAGAGUAAUGAUAUUUGGGUUCCAGACUUCACAGUCUUCAAUUCGGGAGACUUCUCGAAAGAUCAGACGGGACUUCCGUCGACGGAUUGCUACCUGCAAUCAGAUGGAAAGAUCCAGUGUGCUGGGGCCAGAGUCUUCACCACUCACUGCCCAACAGAUUUUACUAAUUGGCCGUAUGACAAACACAAUUGUACUCUGCACUUUGGCUCUUGGAUCCAUUACGAUUCCAACGUCAACUUGACAUUUGGAGACAUUUACAUGCAUGAGCUCCGGGAAAAUCGCGUGUGGGACGUGGAAAUGAGCAAUUUGACGAGCUUCUCGGAGAGGUAUGAGAGAUCAUGGGACAAUAUGUUCUUUCUGCAUGUUGGAUUGACGAGAAACCCGAUGAGGGGGGGCAUGUCGUUUGUUGCCCCAGCUGUUGUCAUUUUGAUGAUAACUCUGACUAUUCUCUGGCUGGACUCUCGCUCAAUGGAGAGGAUUGCUAUUUCUGGGGUGACCUUCAUCGCCCAUAUUCUACUCGUACUAGAUCUACAUUGGAGUUUACCAUCGUCUACUAGUCUCAAUAUUCCCAAAAUCCUGAUCUUCUACGAGGUCUCGCUGAUCCUCUCCAGCUGUAUCCUAGUGCUAACCAGUUUUCUCCGUAAAAUUUACUCUCUGAGUACACCAGCCCCAUCAGCAGUGAUAAUUCUCACUUCAACCGUCCUCAAUUCGCCGAUCGGUCGCCUUGUGAACAGCGAGGGGUCAUUAAAGUCCGAAGUGACCCUCGAGGACGGAGAAACGGAGGUGUCACCAUCAAAACCCAACAAAACCUGGCAGGAGUGCGCUAUCGUCUUCGAGUGGUUGGCUCUGGUGAUCUUCACCAUUACUUACUUCAUCCUGAUCGCUGUCCUCCUGCCAAUGGCUCCGAAGAAUCCAGUCAAACUUGUUAACAUCAUGACUGCAUUGAGGCUGAUUGCUCUCAUAGUAGUUUACGUCAGUGGAUUUGUAUCUGCCGAUGAGGAUCUUUUCAGUUUCAACUGCAAAAUAAUUCAGGAUGGAACGACCCUAUACAAACUCAAAAAACAUCUAUUCUGUGAUUACGAUUCUGGAAUCAGACCUGGACACGGUUCCAAAAAUAUCACCUAUAUCGAUCUUGCUAUUAUCGUGAAACACAUCACAUUCAAUAAGUGGAAAGCUAGUGUUGAGUUAAACAGUUGGAUCAUAAUCGAGUGGAAGGAUCCCUUCCUAACUUGGAAUCCGGCGGAGUACGACGAUAUAGGAUCAAUAAUUAUCAGAAAAAACGAAAUUUGGACACCCGAUUUCUAUUCUAUGGAUCCGAGAGGUGGAUCGAUAUCAGGAAUCGGCAAUGUAAGCUGCAAACUCAAGUCAACGGGCAAAGUAGCUUGUGUUCCAUUAAUAAAGUACGACGUGCCCUGUGUCUCUGAUUACACUCACUGGCCAUGGGAUGUGCAUAAUUGCACCCUGAGGCUGGGUACAUUGGCGUACUCUGACGAAGAGGUAACGUUCAGCAAUGAUACUCUCUUCGUCAUCGAUCACUAUCAUGAUCGCACCGAGUGGAUUAUAUCUCGACCGGUGAACAGAUUAAAGACCGAGCAAUCCAAAUUAUCAAGCAACGCCACAUUUCCAACUUUCACGGCGUCAGUACUACUGACCAGGACCCAGACCCGAUUGAAGAAUAUCUUUAUCUCCCCAGUGAUAAUCUUGACUGUGGUGACCUUGACGAUUCUUUGGCUGAGACCAGGGUCCACUGAGCGUCUGGUAUUUUGCUGUUUGAAUUUAGUCGGCCAUUUACUGAUCAUUCGGAUUCUUCAAUGGGGAGUUCCUUUCAGUGGAACUAGUGUUCCUAAUAUCUUGGUAUUCUACAAUAACUCUCUCAUUCUCUCGUCGUUGGUAUUGAUUUUGAGCUGCUGGCUCCAGAAACUUCUCAAAUCGAAACGAGAAGUGCCUGCGUGGCUGGUCUCACAGGUCUCAGUCAUCCUUACGAGUAAAGUUGGACAAGUACUGUCGAUCAAUAUCAUGGAUCCCAAAGGAUCGGCAUUGCUACAAGAUGAUGCUGAUGACAACAGUGGCCUAUUGGAUUCACAACCGAAAAACUACAACUGGGAGGAUGUUGUCACCGUCAUUGGGUGGCUCUUACUCUUCACUUUUGGUUUCACAUAUUUUGUCAUGUGUCUUGCUCUCCUCACUUGAGGAUUUAUCUAAAGUUAAAAUUAAAGAGAAUUGUC